CUCUCUCUUCCUUCUUCCCUCUGAGUCGUCUUCCCUUGGGUUGCCACGCGGAGACAGAGAGGACGAACCCCAUACCCACUCCAUGUCAGACGACAACAUUAGACGGACGAGAAGCACACAGUAGUAUUCUUCUUCUCUCUUUCUCUCUCCUCUUUUGAAGCUUCGUCGGCAUCAGUUGUUGUGUUUGGGACGACGGAAAUGGCGAGAAAGCCGCUGAAUUUUGAUUGUUUUUCGAGGGGUUCGAUUGAAAUAUGAGGUGGAUAUUUGAUGAUAAAUCAAUCAUUUCCAGGUUGCUGAAAGUAAGCCUCAGUAGCUUCCCAAACAACUAGAGGCGAGGUAUAAGGCUGGUCUGAGAAAGGAUGGCAAGUUGUGGUACUGAUCAUAUUCCUGAACAUGAUGCGGUCGAAGGAUCUGAAGCCACCAUUGAGAUUAAAAUAAAAACAUUGGAUUCACAAACCUAUACUUUAAGAGUUGAUAAACAGAUGCCAGUUCCUGCUUUAAAAGAGCAGAUUGCUUCUGUCACCGGCGUGUUAUCAGAGCAACAAAGACUCAUAUGUCGUGGGAAAGUCCUAAAGGAUGAUCAACUUCUCUCUGCCUACCAUGUUGAAGAUGGUCAUACCUUGCACAUGGUUGUAAGACAAGCUAUUCCACCAUCAGUUGAGGGUUUACCAAGUCAUUCAGUAACUGAUCCCGCUUCAACUACAAGCCGUGGAGUUGGACACAGCCAUCAGGUAGCGCCUGGUGUUGUAAUUGAAACUUUUAGUCUGCCUGUCCAAGGGGAGGGAGCUCCUCCAGAAAUCAGUCGGAUUGUCUCAGCUGUUCUUGGUUCUAUGGGGAUUUCAAGUUUUGGGAGUGGCAAUGAAGGGAUCGACAAUAGGGAACAUGGCUCCCAAAGACCUCAAAGAACAUCAGGUUCUAGUAGUUUGUUAGACUCGACAGUCCACCUUCAAUCUGAACGAAUUGGUGUGAGGGCUCCAUCUGAUAGACCAAAUGGUGCGGGUGGGCACUCAUCGGCAUUUUCUUUGGGACCUCUAUCGCCUCAUGUGAUUCCUGAUUCCUUGACAACUUUGGCCCAAUACUUGAGCAAUAUGAGACGUGAAUUUGAUGCCAUUGGCAGAGAUGGGGGAAACAGUGGUCGAGCUGGGGCAUCACAAGGGUCUGAAGAAAGGAGUUCUCAGUUUGCAGCAGGAACAAGACAAGGAUUCCCCACACCUGCUUCCCUGGCAGAAGUCGUGCUUUCUGCGAGACAACUGCUUACUGAACAGGCUGCAGAAACUCUGCUCCAACUUGCGAGACAGUUGGAGAAUCAAGUGAAUGUGACAGAUUCCUCCACAAGGACGAGCAUUCAAGCUAGUGCAUUGAGAACCGGAGCAUUGUUCCAUAAUCUAGGUUCAUUUUUACUUGAACUUGGUCGUACGAUCAUGACACUGCGAUUGGGUCAAACUCCAUCCGAAGCCGUGGUAAAUGCUGGACCUGCAGUUUUUAUAUCCCCAACUGGUCCUAAUCCCAUCAUGGUUCAGCCUCUUCCUUUUCAAGUUGGUUCAAGCUUUGGCUCCGUCCCCAUGGGAUCUGUGCAUGCAGCCUCUGGUCUGCUCAACGGACUUGGAACCGGGUUUCUUCCAAGGCGUAUUGAUAUACAAAUACGAAGAGGUUCACCAACUGCUACUGCCAAUGUGAAUAAUGAGGAACAUGGCAAUACCCAGCAACCUUCUGCGCAAAGAAAUUCAGCAACAAGUUCUGGCAGUGAAAAUCCUGCUAAUCAAGGAACUCAACGGGCCUCAGAUGGAGCUUUUGCUGGAGACUCAGGUGUGAGGGUAUUACCACUCAGGACCAUGGUUGCAACAAUGCCGAGUUCCUUUGGUCGCCUAUCUUCAGAUUCAUCAGGUAAUUCAGUGGGCUUAUACUAUCCUGUUCUUGGAAGAUUUCAACAUGUUGCUUCUGGGCAUGCGAGUGCUGAGAGAGGAAUGCAAGCAUCUAGUGAGCAAAAUUCUGCACAUCAGCCUUCAGAUUCUACAGCACAGCAACGACCUUCAGGAGAUCCUGCAAGAGAUGGAUCGUUGCCAACUCCCAACAUAAGACAGCACGAGCCAGUGAAUGCACGCAGUGUUAGCAUCAACAUUCUUUCUGCUGGCGGAAUGCAAAACCCUGAAUCUGAUAGACAGAUCCCUAGCAGUGUUAUGCAGUUUAUAAGAAGCCUCUUUCCUGGAGGUGAAAUACAUGUAGAAGAUGGCAGUUCGGAGGGAACAGCUGCCGGUUCUCACCCAGAUCAGGCAAGGACAUCUGGUAGUGCUGAGGGUGGAUCUGAAGCGGAGCCGAGGGCAAGUGAAGGAAUAUUUUUUUCUAAUCUUCUUCAUCAACUUAUGCCUUUAAUAUCCCGACAAGCUGGUUCCGAGUCGGACAUUGCACCUGCAGAGCAGGCUAAUGCCUCUGAGGCUGAGAACUCUAAUGUUGGGACAUCACAUCAAGGUGAGAGUUCUAGUGCCGGGACUUCACGGCGACAGGGUGACUGUGAAUCAGGCUCCCCAAGUUCUAAACGUCGAAAGGUUGAGUGAUUCAUCAAGAGAGGGGUCUAAGAAAAUCUUCUGGUAUCGUAAAUAAAGUCUGAUAAUGAUCAAUCACCUAGGCUCCGGUUGAUGGUGGAUGGCUUUUUCCCAGGUGCAUAGCAGCAAAUACUUAUUUGUCAUUGUAAUUAUUGUGUUUUUCACCUCAAAUGGGAGAACACAGUUUGGCGUUUCUUCAGUCAGCGGGCUACUCUUUUCGGACCAACAUACUUGUUUUGUUCUUUGGUCGAGACAUUUCAUUAUUAUAUGAAUUGUACUGCUGGGUUGAGUAAGCUGUUAUUUAUUAUUUCAAAACACAAUUCAUUUAGUGCCUUAUGAAAGCUUUGGAAUUGCUUUAUUAGUACUCAUUAGAGGUCUCUGGUUUCGAGUACAGACUCAAUAGAGAUUUUUUUUUUUUUUUUUUUUUUUUUUGUAAGCCUAACGGUGAUACCAUAUAUAGACUUUACAUGAGCAAAGAUCAAAAUGGGAAAACCAAAAGCCCAUCUGGUGAA